AUGCUUCUUCUUCACACCCAUCAACUUUCUCCGUUCAUUUUUUUACUUUUUGCAUUAGUCAUUCCGUUGGUUAAAGCGAAAGCCCCUUAUCUCCGAGACCGUCCUAGAGGUCUUGGUCUUCUACAGUUACCAACUGGAAUGUCCGAUGAAAGAUCCGGUCCGAUUCUUCCCGGACUGUACAUUGCAGGAAAUAAAGUCAAUGAGAAACCUCAAACUGUGCCCGAUGUGCAUCUUCCAGGUCAACCUGCUGUUUUCUCUGGAAGAUCUGCGUUCAACCCAUUCACUCAUAUGGUAUCCGCAGUGUACGCUGAGGAUUUAUCUGAUGGUUGGGGUGCUGGAAUGGCUGUUAAUGGUGUCAACAAUCACGGGUUGAACGUUCGUAAAAACUUUGACUCAUAUGCUGAUGUUCCAUUGAAUUUGAAUGACGGAAUGUACCAACCGUUCAUUUCCGCAUUCACAGUUGGAGGAGAAUAUGAUCCAUCAAAAAUUCGUGAAGUUUCCGGGUCAUUGGACCUUCCGAUUCCAGGAAUUAAUGAAUUAUUUGAUAUGAAUGGAAGAAUUAUGACCAAACAUGCUCUCAUUGUGAAUGGAGCACUUGAAUUCCCAUUGACACUUUCUGAUCCAAACGAACGAGCUCCUUACACUUUCAAGUACGCAGUGUGGGCUCCGGAUCGUCAUAUGGCCUAUGGUCAUGUUAUGCCAAAUGUCAAUCUCUUUGUUAUUGGAAAGGAUAAGAUCAUGGAACGUCUCAUGCAAAACAGAUUGAAUCCGACGAUGAUCGGAUAA